AUGGCGGUGUUCGCGAAGUUCGCUUUUGUGCUGAUAUCAGCUAUCGACUCUGAAGAAACUGAAGUUUUACCCAGAGCUACAGUGAGAGUAACACCAGACACAUUUGUGUUCACUGGAGAGACAGUCACUCUGAAGUGUGAGAUAGAAGAACAAUACAGAUCAUUAGACUGGAGAUAUCUGUGGUAUAAAGACAGUACUGCAGUUUAUAAGACUCAUCCUUACACUGUAAACACAAACACUCUCACUAUCAGUUCAGUUACUCAAUCUGAUCAGAGUCAGUUCUGGUGUAAAACAGAGAUACAUGGACGACCACAAACUUCAUCAAGAUCAUCUGUUUAUCUCACAGUAAAGGUUUUACCCAGAGUUACAGUGAGAGUAACACCAGACACAUCUGUGUUCACUGGAGAGACAGUCACUCUGAAGUGUGAGAUAGAACAAUACAGAUCAUUAGACUGGAGAUAUCUGUGGUAUAAAGACAGAACUGAAGUUUAUAAUUCUCAUCCUUACACUGUAAACACAAACACUCUCACUAUCAGUUCAGUUACUCAAUCUGAUCAGAGUCAGUACUGGUGUAGAGGAGAGAUACGUGGACGACCACAAACUUCACAGAGAAGCUCUACUGUUCAUCUCAUUGUGAUCGGAUCAAAACCAAAAGCUGAACUCACAUCAGAUACUGAAGGAUCUGUACUGACGGGAAACACAGUGACUCUGACGUGUCUCAUGAAUCAGUUCACUGGAUGGAAGUUUAACUGGUAUCAACACACACAGAACACUGAGAAGACGACAACAGAUACAAACACCUACACAAUGUCCAAUGUUAGAGUUUCAGAUGGAGGUCAGUACUGGUGUAGAGCUGGAAGAGGGUAUCCAGUCUAUUACACAGACUACAGUGAUGUUCUGUGGAUCAAUGUUACAGAGAGUCCUAAAGCAGUUUUGAGCGUUGAGCCUGACAAACAGCUGUUCUCAGGAGAAACUGUCACUCUGAGAUGUGACAUACAGACUAAACAAGACACUGAGUGGACAUACAGCUGGACUGUAGAGAAAAAUAACCAACAGUAUACAGUCAACCGAUGCAAAACACAAGAGUGUAAAAUCAGAGUUUAUCACAGUGACAGCGGUCACUACACGUGUAGAGGAAAUGGACAAAACUCUGAGAAGAGUGAAGCUGUUACACUGACUGUAUCAUCAUAUAAACCCAAGACACUUUUAAGAGUUUCUCAACAGCAGUGGCUGACUGAAGGAGAUUCAGUGACUCUGAUGUGUGAGGUUAACAGAUCCUCUACAGGCUGGACAUUCAGCUGGUUCACUGAACUCAAUCUCUCCUCAGGUUAUGAUCUGGUGUCAGACAGCAGUGGAGGAUCUAAAGGAAACUACACUGUGAGUUCUGCUGCUCUGAAGCACACAGGAGUUUAUAUGUGCGGAGCAGAGAGAGGAGAUCCAGUCUAUCACACACACAACAGCAGCACACAACCACUGUGGAUCACUGGUGUUUCUUCUUCAGUGUCUCUGAUCAUCAGACCCAACAGAACUCAACACUUCUCAUCUGAAUCUCUCUCUCUGAGCUGUGAGGAUCACAGGAACUCUACUGGAUGGACAGUGAGAAGAUACACAAACACACUGGAAACUUGUUCAUCAUCAUCAGUCAGAUCUACAGGAACAGAAUCUACAUGUACAAUCAGAUCUCUCAUCACAUCUGACACUGGAGUGUACUGGUGUGAGUCUGAAUCUGGACACAAACUUCAUCCUGUUAAUAUCUCAAUACACAAUGCUGAUGUGAUUCUGGACAGUCCUGUUCAUCCUGUGACUGAAGGAGAUUCUCUGACUCUUCACUGUUUAUAUCAAGAUAAAAUCCCAUCAAACCUCAGAGCUGAAUUCUAUAAAGAUGGAUCAGUGGUGCAGAAUCAGACUACAGGAGACAUGAUGAUCAUCUCUACAGUCUCAAAGUCACAUGAGGGUUUCUACUACUGUAAACACCCAGAGAGAGGAGAGUCUCCAAAGAGCUGGAUCUCAGUCGCAGGUUUUCAGGACGAGAUGUCUGGUCUCAAGAUUCUCAGUUUUCUGCUGGCAGUUUGUCCAUAUCUGAUAGUGACAGUCGUGCUGGUGUUCAAAUGCUACAGAUUGAGAGAUGAAACAUCUGAUUCAUCAGAUCACAUGAAAAAAUGUUGCUUCUGGAUGUAAUAAUGUGAUGUGAUUGAAUAUAAAUAAAUGUAAUGAUGUGAUCUCAGAUUAAAUCAAAGACCAGAGGAGAAAAACACACCAGUACAUUUACUAAUACUAACUAUUAACAACUCAAAGCUUUAUGUGCAUCACAGACAGUAAAUGUUUUUAAUCUCCAUUUUCUUUUAUUAAUAGACUUUGUGUCAUUAUUACUAUUGCAUUGAUUUAAUUGAGUUCAUUGUUGUGUUAUAUGUGUGAACUUUUCAUACUGUGUAAUAUUCAUGACAGCCAUAACAUUUGUUUUCAGCUUAUAUAUUUAAGUGUCAUGUGAUAAUGUAUACAUCUGAUAUCAGUUUCAGUAACAAAACAUUCAUGGUAAAGAAAACGUCUUGGUUACGUAUGUAACCUCAGUUCCCUGAUGGAGGGAACGAGACGUUGUGUCGAGAACGAC